AUGCCUGGCACAACAAUCCCUCCCGUGCCUCACUAUGUCCCGGCUCCACCGACGACGGAAGAGCUGGAAUGGGCUGACCUUCCGAUAAUCGACCUCUCCAAAGCGAGCACGCCCGAAGGGCGGGAGGCUCUCGCGCCACAAGUGCGCGACGCCAUGCGCACAUACGGCUUCAUGUAUGUCGUCAACCACGGCUUGAACCAAGCACAGAACGAGCGCAUCUUCGACAUCGCGGACGUUCCGUUCACGCAGGUGGCCGAUGACGAGAAGAAGAAGUUCUCGUACGACAUCAAGGCGACGGGGCUCUACAAGGGCUACAAGCUGCGUCAGUACUGGCACAUCGACAAUGGUGUCCGGGACCAGAUCGAGCACUACAACAUGCAUCGCGGGAUCCUUCAGCAGGACCACCCCCAGGCUUUGAAGCCGUUCAUGCCUGAGAUCCGCGCGUUCGCCGAGCACAACCACUACAACAUCCUUCACCCUAUCCUUCGUUUGCUUGCGCGCGGUAUGGAGCUGCCUGAAGAGACGUUCGUAGACUUCCACGGCUACGACCAUAAGGGAGAGGGGUGGAUUCGUUUCAUGAAGUACUACCCCCGAACGAACGAGGAUGAGGAGAAGACGAGGAACGUCUGGCUCAAGGGCCACAAAGACUUUGGUACGGUCACCAUCCUCUGGAGCCAGCCCGUGGCCGCGCUACAGAUCAUGUCCCCCGACGGCAAGUGGCGCUGGGUCAAGCACAUCGACAACGCCCUGGUCAUCAACGCCGGCGAGGCGAUGGAGUUCCUCUCCGGCGGUUUCUACAAGGGCACGAUCCACCGCGUGCGCCAGCCGCCCGCGGACCAGCAGGGCUACCCCCGCCUCGGCGUGUUCUACUUCGCGCUUGCGGACGACGAAGUGAAGCUCGCACCUAUGCUCCACAGCCCUGUGCUGCAGCGUGAGGGUGUCGAGCGCCGCUGGGAGGACGACGCGCAGGCGCCGCUCAUGGAGGAGUGGCGCAAGGGCCGCACGAGCUCGUAUGGGACCGCGCAGCUCAAGAAACGCGAUGACGUCGUCGAGGAGGAGGUCAUCAACGGUAUCGUUGUGAAGCACUUCAACUAG